AUGGCAUCGACGCCGACUAGCGAUGCAUUAUACCGAUACAAGCCUCUGACCCCAACAACCCAGGAGAUUCGUCUGCUCACACUCCUACCGGGCGAGUGGGCGUCUCCGAUCGAAUGCAACGUCAAACACGUGGAUCUAGACGACGGUCCGGAAUAUGAGGCGCUGUCCUAUACCUGGGGCGACCUGAACGACAAAGUCGAUAUUCGAGUUGAAGGAGCGACAUUCAGCGUCACCCGAAAUCUGGAAGUGGCACUACGAUAUCUACGCCACGAAACGCAGGAAAGAGUCCUUUGGAUUGACGCAGUUUGCAUAAAUCAGGUCGAUUCAGCGGAGAAGUCCACGCAGAUUCAAGCAAUGUACAGGAUCUUUUCGUCCGCCGAUCGCGUUCUGGCCUGGACCGGGAAAGAGAGCAAUGAUAGCAAUACGGCUAUGGAUCUCAUCGAGGAACUU